AUGGUCAUCAAGAAGCAUGAGCUUGAAGCCGCAUUGCAUGCUGAAAAGCAGCAAAUCAACAGCGGCCACCUGAAAGAGGACAAUCCGCUCGAUACUAGCGAGGCCUUUCGUAUAUUCUGUGAAGCAUGCAGAAGGGGUGACUUGAAAGUGUGCCAGGAACAGAUCUCGGCUGGUGUCAACAUCAACGCAAGAGACAGAUAUGAUUACACUCCCUUGAUCCUGGCCAGUUUGUGCGGCCACUACGAGGUCUGCCAACACCUUCUCGAGUCCGGCGCCCUGUGCGAGCGUGAUACCUUCCAAGGUGAACGCUGUCUGUACAAUGCCUUGAACGACCGCAUCCGUAAUCUGCUACUGCAGUAUGACUAUUCCAAGUCGACCGAUCCAUUGCAACCACUUGCUGCCCAUACCACAUCCUUGCUCUCACGAUCAGACCCGAAGACCGCCGAUAUCACUGUGUCAACUUACGAUCGCGAAUUUGCCCUGCACAAGUUCAUUCUUGCUGCUCGCUCUCCCUACUUCGCCGAAAAGCUCGCCCAUCAGCCGGACACCACAUCUUGGAAACUGCCGCCGAAGAUCCCUUCUCAGUCCUUCAAUUCUGUCGUUCGUUACUUGUACUUGGGAGAAGCAUCUGCUGAGCUGAGCGAAGAUGAGGAAGAGCAAAAGGCCAUUCUUGCCGGUAUCGACAAGCUGGGCAAACAACUUGAAGUCCCCACGCUGUUUGAAAGCAUCAUUGAUGCUGGCGACAGGCGCUUGGCUAGGCAGCGCAGGACAGAGGAGAUGGCACGUGGUCGUGAUCAGUUCGCCAUCUGGUUCCAAGCGAAUGUGUUACGACACAAAGUCCAUACCGACACUGAGAAGGCGGAUCAAGUCAAAUGGGACAGGGACAAUGCCAUCUUUGCCGAUGUUCUGCUCAGAGCCGACGAGCCAGAGGAAGACGCAGCAGAAGAGUCUCAGUCGUCGCACAAGCAAGUGCGCGAUACUGAGGGACCCUUGAAUGGUAUUCCAAUUGGACACUUCUCGACAGAGCAGGCCUCGACAGCAGCCCCACCACGCAAGUCCGUACUAUUCCCUGCCCAUCGAGCCAUGUUAUUGCGAUCCGAGUUCUUCAGCGCCAUGUUCUCAUCCAGUUUCAGAGAGGCUCAGGAGUCACCGCACCUACACAUCAUCCCAAUCGACUGUUCACCUCAAGUCCUGGAGAUCGUUUUGACGUAUCUCUACACAGAAAAGGCAGAUUUCUCGCUAGAGGUGGCGGUCGAUGUUCUCUUCGCUGCUGACCUCUUGUUCAUCGAGAAGCUGAAACAGCGUGCUGCCGUUAUUAUAUCCACUCUCGGUAACGGCGGUGCUUCUGUUGUUGAGUCUGAGAACCCUCGUGGCGAAACAGCGGUCGAGGACGUAGUCGAUAUUUACGAUGUCAUUCGUGCCGGAUGGGACACACGUGUCCAUCGUCUCGAAGAGUUUGGUGCUCGAUUUAUUGCCUAUCGAUUAGAGCGUUUCAUCGACGAUCCAGAAUUUGCGGAACUGGUCAAGGAGAGUGCCUCGAGAAUUCAGGGACGUCAAGAAACUGAUACCGUCGAACUGAUCGAUGAUAUUCGCUACUAUUUGUCUGACAGAUUCCGUUUGAGAAUGGAGGACUCGGGCCUUGAGAAAAUGACAGAUGAGACAGAAACACUGGAUCCUGCUGCACUGCCUGGCAAGGACGUCUUUGAUCCUAGCGAGGUCAUGUUUGCAGAAGACGAGGGCGUCGACGUUCACUCUGGUACAACACCACCACAAGAUCUGCAUGAUCACGACAACUUAGUCAUUCGCACACUGGACGGUGAGAUCGCUGGUGAUGAGUUCGCGCAAGACGCUAUCAACUACCAAAUUCUCCUUGGCAAGAUUGAUACCCUUCUAGAUAAACUUACAUUGGAUGCCUAG